UUACUUCAGUUCCAGCACCGUUUCAAGAACUAGUGUCUAGCUACAAAAUCAGCCACUACAAUGAAGACUGUUAUUUUCGCUACCCUCCUAGCUUUGGCUAGCGCCUACCCAUACCCAGCACAGUCUCCCUUCUUUGGUGCAUACAGCCAAGGACUUUCAGGAGGUUCAGCUGCUGCAUGGGCAUUCCAACAAAAUGUUGCUGAAGAGGCUUACCAACAGACCUUUGGAGCACAAUCUGCGUCUCAACAAAGCACUGCUCAAGCUAUCCAAGGAACUGUGGGUGCACAAAACGGACCAGUAAACGCCCAAGCUGCCGCUGCUCAAGCUGCCCAAGCCGCUAGCCAGAUCGUGCAAGGUGCCGAACAAGAACAACAGAACCAAUUCCAAGGAUCCAUUCAGCAGUUGGCUCAAGGACAACAACAAGGAGGCGCUGCAAACGGAUCUUUCGGACCACAAAACGCUGGACAAGCUUUCGCACAACAAGCACAAAAGCAACAAGCUAUCCAGGAACUCCAAAAACAACAACAAAACCAAGCCCAACCUGGAUCCACUGGUCAAAACCUCCAACAAACUCUCCAAGCUGGAAUCGAAGCCCAAUUCGCAGCCCAAAACACACAAAACCAACAACAACCCGGUCAAGCUCAGGCUACCGCUGCCGAAUUCCAAGCCCAAGUCCAACAAUUGGUAGACCAAACCAACGCUGAACAAACCAAGAUUGCUAUUGCGGCCGCUCAACACAAAGCCAACCAACUCCAACAACAACGCCAAUUCGCUAACCAACAAAGCCAGAAAGUACAAGCUCAACUCGCUGCUGUCAGACAAGUAGGAGCUUCUCCCCAACAAGUCCAGCAAUUGCAACAGGCUCAGGCUCAACUCCAGCAACAGCAACAAUCUCUCGCUCAACAGGAACAAGCUCAGCAUUUGGCUGCACAACAAUUGCAACAGGUGCUCAUCGGCCAGCAGAGCCAAAUCCAGAAUGACAUUGCUAACCAACAGGCUGCCCAAAAUGCCCAGAAUGCUGCCCAGGGAAAUGCAGGGGGAUACUAAACUAAGAAUAAGAUUAACAGUUAUUUGAUAAAUAGUAUUUAUACUAUGAUUUAAAUUAUUGUAUUACGACUGACGGAGUUACUAGUUGUAUAUUUUUAAGGCAAGAUAAAUAAAUAUCAUUUUG